AACCACAUCUACGUAACAAAUUCUAAAUAUAACAACAAAAAUCCAUGCAAAUCAACCAAAACUCAAAAUUCUCCAUCUUUCCCACCUCCGAUCUCCUCCCAUGGCGGCUUCGCUUUCCUUCCUCAUAACCCUUGUCUUCAUUUUCUAUCUUCCGCUGUCCCACGGAGACCCCAUGGCUGACAUCAUCGCCAGGUCCUGCACCGACCACAAAAUACAUGAGGUGAAGGACUAUUUCCUCCAGUAUGCUGGUACCAUGGAUCUUAUGCGCCGCCUGAUGAAACUGAACAAGUAUGCCGCAGCGGAAGCCGGCGAUCCUCCGGGCAGGAUUUAUGUGUUCUCGCAGUGUAUGGAAGAUCUCCAUAAUGAGGAUUGCGCGCAAUGCUUUUCGCGGAUCAGUACUUUGUUGCCCGGAUGCUUCCCCAAAACCGGCGGCCGUGUUUAUCUUGAUGGUUGUUUUAUUAGGGCUGACAAUUACAGUUUCUUUGGAGAGAUUAUUAGUGAUGUUGAUAUGAAGAGAUGUAGCAACGAUGUUGACACCUCGGAUAACUUCCUGGAACUUAUCAGAGAUGUGAUUACAAAAAUUGUAAACAAGGCACCAAGCAAUGGAGGCUUUGCAUUCUAUCAUAAGACGAAACAGGAUACAACAGUUUGUGGCAUGGCCCAGUGCUGGAAAACAAUGGACAGGAAAAUGUGUUCUGAAUGCCUUGCAGAUGCUGCUAAUUCUGCCUUCCAUUGUCUGCCAUCAGAAGAGGGGCGCGUACUCAACACUGGUUGCUUUCUGCGUUACUCUAAUUAUGUAUUCGGCAAUGACCCUGAUGAGUAUUCUACUCGAGAUGCUAUAAUUUUGUAUAUCUUAUAUAUCCUUGCUGCUGUUCUGAUCUGCACACUGGCCAUUGGAGUCGGGUUCUAUUUGGGCAGAAUAGCCUACAGACGAAGGGAUGACAAAUAUCUGAAAGGAGAUGAAAUGGAUUUUGGAGAACUCAACCAGGGCAUGGAGUUCCUGCAGUUCAAGUACUCAACUCUUGAGAAAGCAACUGACUGCUUCAAUGAAGCUAACAAACUUGGCUCUGGAGCAUUUGGCAAAAUAUUUAAGGGUACCUUACCAGAUGGUAGAGAAAUUGCCAUAAAACGUCUAUAUGCAAUAGGAAAGAGUCGAUCAGAGGAGAUUCACAAUGAAAUUAAUGUUAUUAGUAGAGCUCAACACAAGAACUUGGCUCGCUUCCUUGGCUGCUGCUUCACCAAAAUAGAGAGUUUCCUCGUCUAUGAGUAUCUUGCAAACAAAUGCCUUGCCAGUGCCUUAUUUGAUCCAGAAAGAAAGAAAGAACUAGAUUGGAAAAAACGGCUUGGCAUAAUCAUCGGAACAGCUGAAGGCUUGGAGUACCUUCACAAAGGCUGUCAAGUAAGGAUUAUUCAUCGAGACAUCAAGGCGAGUAACAUCUUACUAGACUUGAAAUACAGACCAAAAAUUGCAGACUUUGGCCUGGCAAGGUUUGACAAGAAUUCCGCUGUCAUGAACCAUGUUGCUGGCACAUUCGGGUAUAUGGCUCCUGAGUGCAUUGCUAAUGGAAGAUUAACAGAAAAAGUAGAUGUUUAUAGCUUUGGGGUCCUGGUGCUUGAAAUCAUCAGUGGCAUAAACAACACUAAAUUGGAGUCAGAUAAUUCUUUCGAAACCCUUGUGACUAAUGCAUGGAAGCAUUUCCAUUCAGACACAACAUCAAGACUCAUAGAUGAAUGCUUGACAUCUGAAGAUGUUGAAGAAAUCAAAAGAGUUAUUCAAGUAGGACUGCUAUGCACCCAAGAAACACCAUCCCUACGUCCAAGCAUGACUAGUGUAAUCCAAAUGCUAAAACAUAAGGAUGUGGAAUUGCCUAUCCCAACAAAACCUCCUUUCCUGUAUGAAUCUAUAGAAUUCUCAUUCUCAUUUUCCUCUUAUCCAUCACAACCUUUGCAUACAUCUGAUUCAUGUACUAGGUCUCAUGAUAUUGUGAAUAAUCCUAAUUAAUAUUCUUUUUUUUUUCCAAUUUUGGUUUGUCCCAUUAAUAUUCCCUUUUUUUUUAUAUCCUUGCUGCAUCCCUUCAUUCUGGAAGAAGUACAAAUAUGACCACUAAAAUACGAAAAGUCGA